CGGCCUUGAGUUUAGCAUACUUUCGAUCAUACUCUUCGCUCUUGAGUUUUUCCAUCUUUUUCUUUUCAAUUUGUUCAAGUUCCCACUCUUUAAACCCAAGAGGAGUCUUUUGAUACGGUGGAAGUCCAUCCAUAGGAAGAUUAUCCCACAAGUACUCAUCGUCAAUGUCGUUCAAACCGGGGUUGAGCUCAAGCAUACCGGAAAUGCUCGACUUUAACGGAUGUGGUCUUUGCCUGGGGUCAAGAAUGAACACGUCGUUAUCGAUGUCAAUCAGGAGCAUGGGGAGGUUUCCUGAUUCAUCCUUGGUUUCUCCACGGGCAAUCAGUUCGAGUAUUGUUACUAUAUUGCGUUCUUUGUCGUCAAAGUCUUUUUCGUCUUUGGGUUUAUCCCGGAGGGAUUUUAUGUACUUGUCGGGUAUUUUGAAAUCUACGAAGGUGGUGGGGGAUGGCGUUGAGACUGAGGUUGUUGGUGGGUCAAGACCGACUGAUUUGUACAAAUCGGAGAUUGCAAGGUUCGAUAUGGUUUCGGGAAGUUUUGGUAAUUGUUUAUAAUGGGUUGGUUGGACAGAUGUGGGUGGCGGAGCCGCAGUAUUGGGUGUGACACUAGCAGAUGUAGUGGCGGCAAUAGCAGUAGCAGUAGCAGCAGCAGCAGCAUCAGCAGCUAAAGACUCCACUUUUUUGGUCUUCUUGUGCUUGUCAACAGAUGAAGAUUUAAUCUUGCAACCUUCGUCCAACUUGGAAGUCUUUCUCUUGGUGAUAACAGUUGGCUUCUUGAUCUCUGGUGUGUCUCCAGGAACUUUGGAUAGGUACCUUGCGAAACCAACCAUGGAAGAUUUCACACACGGAGACAGCAUCAAAGGUGCAGUCCUGCGUAUAUUGAAAGAUAACAUGUGUGGUUAUUGUAUUGAUGGAGGAGAAUACCAAAAGAUGACUCUAGAUUGUAUUAUAUUACUAUAGUUGUAUCCGUUACUAAAAGGUACAUACAACAUUGUUAGGAAAAAGAAAAUCUUUGACCUCAACAACAUUUGCAUGUUACUCCGUGUGGUUUGCAGGUUACCAACAUCCACGUGACUUGCUGUGGCAGAUUUUGCACUUUGGGAACUUUUACAUGUUGUGGCUCGCGGCUUAAAAUUUUUGCUCUUUUAAUAAGUAAGCAUGUGGCCAACAGCAGUUAGAGCAGUACGAAAGGUUAGAAGCACAUUCUCGAUAGAUAACUCGUUUUAUUAUACUAAUAAAAACCUUAAAAUGUCACCUGAACGCGUCCCCGCCUCACAAUUACCACACCACUACGACGGUAAAGUAACCCUCGCCGUCAUUGGAGGCACUGGUCUUUAUGAUUUGCCCAACCUCCACCCCGUGGCCCGUCUUACCAUUUCCACACCAUGGGGGUUCCCAUCAGGUGCCAUCACCAUCGCCCACACCGAACUGGGCUUCCCUGUUGCGUUCUUGGCCCGUCACGGCCCACAUCACGACUUGCUCCCCUCUGACGUUCCAAGUCGCGCCAAUAUCGCCGCUUUGAAGUCCAUUGGUGUCAAGGCCAUCAUUGCCUUUUCUGCCGUGGGGUCGUUGCAACCAGAAAUCAAACCUAGGGACUUUGUCUUGCCUACCCAAGUCAUCGACCGUACCAAGGGUAUCAGACCAUCUACUUUUUUCGAAAAGGGAUUUGUCGCCCAUGCCAUGUUUGGCGAGCCUUUUGAUCUCCAGUUGAACAAGUUGAUUAGAGACGCCGUUGAUUCCAACGGAUUCUUGGACGGAUUUGGCAAUGACCAUACCCCUGUUUUCCACACCAAGGAGAAAACCAACAAUGGCGAAGAUUUAACUAUUAUCUGUAUGGAGGGCCCGGCAUUCUCCACUCGUGCCGAAUCAAGAUUGUACAGAUCAUGGGGAGGUUCAGUCAUCAACAUGUCGGUGUUACCAGAAGCCAAAUUGGCCAGGGAAGCUGAGAUUGCCUAUCAAAUGAUUUGUAUGUCUACCGACUAUGACUCCUGGAACGAAUCUGAAGAGCCAGUGACUGUGGAAACCGUGGUUGGUAACUUGAAGGCUAACUCCACCAACGCUUGCAAAUUGGCUGCACACUUGAUCGAUGCCAUUGCUACCCACCCAGUUGAGUUGGGUAAGGACUUGGAAGGAACCAUGAAAUUUGCCGUCAGCACCAAUCCUAACGGAGUUAAAAAGGAAUUAUUAGAAAAGAUGCAUUUCUUGUUCCCUGGAUACUGGCCGUUGCAGUAAAUUUUUGCAAUCUUUCUGAUAAGAAAAAGCCUGGAUGGAAACUUAGUUAGUUAGUUAGUUAGUUAGUGUAGCACUAUUUCUGCAGAUACGUAUAGACUUGCCUUAUAGAGUAUUAUAGCAACAGGUAGUAUGCAGGAACAUUGUCUAAGUGAUUGUUUUUAAUAGAGUUUGCAAUUACAAGUAACACCAUAAAAAAUCUAUUGUGGUGUGGUU